AACCGGGCUACUUAAUUAGCGGUAGUAUAAAUAAGCACGAUUUUGUUGACAAAGGCACAGUGCACUUCGUUUGCUCAUUGGGACACAUUGUCAGCACCAUGAACUCGUAUUUGGCGGUAUCCUGCUUUUUGGCGAUCGUUGCAGCGGCAUUCGCCAACCCACAUGGACUGGGUCUGAUUCCCGUUCACUCUGUAGAGAGCAUUCCAAACCCCAACUACAGCUUCAAUUACGCUGUCAACGAUCCAUCGACCGGCGACAACAAAGCGCAAUGGGAAGCACGUAACGGCGACCAGGUUCGCGGAGCGUACUCUCUCGUGGAACCCGAUGGAAACGUACGUACCGUGGAGUACACGGCCGACGCUCUGAGGGGCUUCAACGCCGUGGUCAGGAAAUCCGGACCCAACAUUAAUUCGGUAGCCGUAGCCGCCCCGGCGAUCAUUCAGGCUCCCGCUAUUGUCGAACCGGCCCCAGUGAUCGAGCAAGUCCAGGAGGUCGCUCCCGUAGCGCAAGUCUAUGAAACACCAAUUUUGGACCACGGCCCAAUUUUCGACCACGGCCCGAUUCUCGCCCCGGCGGCGCCCCUUCUCAACCACGGACCGCUUCCCGCUCACGGUCCACUCCUGCCCUCUUACGGUCUGACAGCUCCGCUCGCCCCGUUAGCUCCAGCGCCGAUUGCCCCGGCACAAAUUUUGGAUUAUUUUCCACUGAUCCACUCGGCCCAAGCGCCAGUGGUUUCCGUCUCUGGUACAUCGUACGGGAGGAACGGACACGUCGCUCAGAGGUGGGUGGCCGGCCCUCUCACCCACGGCCAGAGUCUCACGAUAAGAACGAGGCAUUAAACACCAUAUAGGGUUAGAUUCUAUCCUACGUAAGACUUCUCCGUGUAUAGGUAACCUUUCCGUUACUCACGGCUCUAGUGUGUUCUUGCAUGAGAUUCGCUUGCAAAAAUACACAUAGGUCAUAGAAGUUAAGCUGAUCAAAGUUACAUCCUGAGCAAUGAAGUGUAUCUUAUUUAUUUUCUGAUUAAGUGAAUAAAGUAUUCUAACAA